AUGGCCAAAUAUUUAACUAUUGCCACAGCAUUGACGAUAUUUCUAAUCCUGUCUUCGAUGCCCUUGAGUUCCCAGGCACGUAUUGUCCAGGGAGAGAGAGCCAUGCAAAAGAAUAUUGACAGCAAGCUUCUUCUACAUGAGUUAGGUUUUGAUCUCCCCAAACUCAAACAUUAUCAAAGGAUGUCAACACGCGGACCAGGUGCUGAUAGAUUCUCACCGGGAGGACCAGACCCUCAGCACCACUUCUGA